AUGUCGGUAAAAAACAAAAUGCACGUGAACCAACUGAACAAAACACUAUUUAGGGAAAAUUACAAAACUGAAAGAAACAUUAAGGAGGAUAUUGAAUUGAUGGAAACCAUCGAAAACUUGAGUGACGAUAUAAUGUUGAACAACGACUCUUUUGAGAGCAACGCAUACAUAAAGUCGUCCACGAAAAAUGUUAAUGACAAGGGGAAUGAGAAAACUAAAAAUGACACUAAUUUGAAGAACUUGAAAAAAAAAAAUGGGACUACUAAUAACAACUACGGCGGAGGAGGCAGUGCCGGUACCAACGGUAGCAACAAGAGCGGCACCAUAAGUAACAACAACAACAGUGGCAACAAAAAUGAACAGAAGUUUUUUGCAAACAUUCCACAAAUAUACGAAACGCAUGACUCCAGUGCCAAGGAGGAACUACACUCUGAUCACAACAAUGAGGAAGACGGCGUGAUGUAUAUCCUUUCCAAUGUCAUGGCUGUGUUAUACAUAAUCGUAGCGAUAGUGACCAUCCUGCACCUCCACCUGGACGAGGACCACGCAAUCAUCAAGGCCAUCAGCGCGUUGAAGCUCCGAUUUGUUGCCCUGAUGAAAGACGUUCCGGCUUUCAAAAACUUAAUGAUCACCGUGGCGCUAAUCAAUGUGAAAAUUAACACCCUUCUGGAGGAAGGGAUGACCAAGUGGAACAUCUUCAAGCCAUACAUAGAAGCGCUGAAACCAUUGAACACAGAAUUCACAGUUUUGUUCACCAUUUUAAUCCUCAUGUUUUUCACGGCCAUUUCCAUUUUGAGCAUAAUACACGGAAUUGUAAACAUGAAAAAUGACAAAAUUCUGAUGGAAAAAGGGAGUACUAUUUUUGUGACCAACAAAAUGACGAUGGAGGAGUUCGAAGAUAAGUCCUUCACGUAUAGUGAACUAGCCAAACUUCAUAGCGACAAGGAUUAUAUUUGUUUAAAAAAUAAAAGAGCAGGUGAAGGUAUUGAGUCGUGGAACUGGCAAGUGAGGAAAAUGAAAAACGGAAAUAAUGACAAGGAUAUAUGCAGUGACAUUGAACUUUCAGACGGGGAAAAAAACUGA